AUGCCAUAUGCUCAGCUUCUUCCUCAAUUUCUUGCUAAUCAGUUGGUCCAGCUUCGCGAACUUGGUCCCCCACCUGACCCUCUUCCACCGGGAUAUGAUGCUAAUGCUCGAUGUGAAUUUCAUUCACGGGCUCCAGGCCACACGAUUGAAAAGUGUAGAGCAUUGAAAUGCAAAGUUCAGGAUCUCAUUGAUGACAAGAUUAUUUCAUUCACUCCUACUGGUCCCAAUAUGUUGUAUAAUCCUAUGCCUCCCCACGCAGGUACGACCAAUGCCAUUGAAUUGUGCGAUGAACAAGUCUUGGUAACUGAUGUUGAUGAGAUUAAGAUGUCACUUGCAACUGUUAAAGAACGUCUUAUGCAACAAGGGGUCUUGCAUGAGCUCCACGACUUUUGUUUACAAUGUUCCUCUAAUCCAGAAGAGUGUGCUAGAUUGAGAGAUGAAAUUCAGAAGAUGAUGGACGAAGGUAUUCUCAGAGUUGAAAGAGUUGUUUUUGAUGAAGAUGUGGCUACUUUGGAAAUUCCUUACUAUCCUGCGAAUGUGUCGAGAGCUCAAGGUACUCCUCUGUUGAUUCAGGCUCUAACUACUCAUUUGAAACAUGAUUAUCCUCUGGUGGGUAACCCAGACGACACUAAUAUUGCUGGAACUAGUGGUAUCACUCGUAGUGGCAAAAUCUUUGCUGCUCCACCGCCACUUCCCAAAGAGACCAACAAGGAUGUUAAUGCUCAGACUAAGGGUAAGCAAGUUUUUGUCGAUCCGCCUAAAUCUAGUACUACACAAGAUGCUGAGCAGCUUCUGCGAAUUAUUAAGAAAAGUUAUUAUAAAGUGGUUGAUCAGUUGGACCAAACUCAGGCUAAGAUUUCCAUCUUCUCUCUUCUGGUGCAUUCAGAGGCUCACCGAAACACUUUGAUGAAGAUCCUAGGCUCUGCUCAUGUUACUCAAGACAUUACUGUGCCUCAGUUCGAAGGGGUUGUAACCAAUAUUGCUGCUGGCAAUUGUUUGGGUUUUUGUGAUGACGAGCUCCCACCUGAAGGUAGAGCAUACAACAAAGAAUUGCAUAUCUUUAUAAGGUGUUUGAAUACUGUGUUGUCUCGAGUUUUGAUUUAUACAGGGUCUUCCCUUAAUGUGAUACCUAAGGCCACUUUGUUCAAGCUGAGUAUGGAUGGGGUCAUGAUGAGGCCUUGUACUAUGAGUGUCCGAGUGUUUGAUGGUUCUAGAAGGUCCGUAGAAGGAGAAAUUGAUCUACCUGUCAAGAUUGGUCCUUACACAUUCUAUAUUGCCUUCUAUUGUUUGAAAUUCAUUGUGAGUGACAAAAUUGUUGUGAUCACCGGUGAGGAAGAUGUGGUAAUCAACAAUCUGACAAUGCACCAUUAUGUGGAAGGGGACAGAGAAAUGCAUGAAACUCCCUUCCAAGCCUUAGAAAUUGUGUCGGUUGACAGAUUUCCUGUGUUUGAAGGUAAAAAGAAAUCUGAGGUGCCUUUAUCUUCUUUGAGUCAUGCCAAGGCCCUUUUGGAAGCUGGAGUCCCUCGUGAUGCUUGGGGCAAGGUGAUUGACGUACGUGAAAAGCAGGAUAAGUUCGGUCUCUGA